UCAUUUUAGGGUCUCCAAACUGUGCCUCGGUGGGAAAUUAUUAAAAAAGCACUGACGAAAGGAAAGUUUAAAGACAGCUAUGAAGUUGAAGUUUCCAUUAAAAAAUACAAUAAGAAAUAUGAGAAGGAGUGGUCAUUCUCUGGCCUGCACAGUUAUUUACGCUCGCUAGCACAAGAAGAAAAGAAUGAUCUCCUCCAAGGCACUUUACCGUUUAUGGCAUCUCUUGCGCUUCAGCUCCCAGAUGUCUGCCCAAGUCCUAUCCCUUUGCUUAGAAAAGGCCAAGAACAUACCCUUACAAUGUCCCAAAGACAGAUUGCCUGCCUGCUGGCCAAUGCCUUCUUUUGUACAUUUCCUCAUCGGAAUGCAACCAAUCCCAGCUCUGAGUAUUCUAAUUAUCCAGAUAUAAAUUUCAGCAGACUUUUUGAAGAUGUCUCAGAACAGAAACACCAGAAACUCAGGACAAUUUUCUGGUAUUUUACCAGCCUUUAUACUACGAUGCCAACUGGUCUGGUGACAUUUCAGAGACGCUGUAUGAAGAGUGAGAUCAACUGGAAAGUGUCUCGAGCCAAAUUUACAGCACUGCAUGUGACUUGUGAAGGAAAAAUCGAGGAGCAGGGAGCUGGCAUGCUGCAGGUGGACUUUGCUUCUUCCAAGGUUGGUGGUGGAGUCCUUGGUUCUGGCCUAGUGCAAGAGGAGAUACGAUUUCUGAUCAACACGGAACUUAUAGUAGCUCGUCUUUUUACAGAAAAGUUAAUGGAUAAAGAGUGCCUCAUUAUUACAGGAGCACAGCAGUACAGCAGAUAUUCUGGAUACAGUGACACAUUCCGGUGGGAAGGACCUCAUAUAGAUGUGACCCCAAGGGAUGAAUGGCAGCGUCUGUGCACAGAAAUUGUGGCCAUUGAUGCUUUAAAGUUCAACGACUAUGAAGAUCAGUUUAAAGGUUUUGUUUUAGAUCGUGAGCUGAUGAAGGCUUUCUGUGGUUUCCGUGUUGAUCCUUCCCAAGUUUCAACAGCUGUAGCUACUGGCAACUGGGGUUGUGGUGCCUUUAAAGGAAAUGCCAAGUUUAAAGCUCUCAUCCAGCUCAUGGCAGCGGCUGAAGCUCGGAGAGAUGUAAUGUAUUUCACCCUUGGCGAUAAACACCUGAUGAAAGAUCUCUAUCACAUCCAUUUGUUUCUUAAAAAGCAAAACUUCACUGUUGGUAAACUCUUCUCAUUAAUAGAAAAAUUUUGUCAAAGCGUGAAGUCAAGACAUUCAACAGAACAUUUGUAUGAUUACAUUUAUCAUGCCAAACUGUAAUCAUAGAAAAGCAACUGUAAUUUUUGCAUCACUGCAUUUUUUUCUCAUGAAGAUGAAAAAUAGAAUUACUGCAUAUUGUUUGUGAACUGUCUUAUGUGUAUUUUUUUUUUUGAGAAAAUUUGCUCAGUCUGAGUGCCUGGGGACUGCUGUCAGCAAUUGGCCUGUACUGUAAUUCAAAGUGAAAUUAUGACAAUCAAUUGCUUCUAGCAGUAUUAUGACACAGCACACUUAAAGGACUGGCUGUUACAGUAUUGUGUGUAACUGCUAUGUGGAUUGGUACCAAUGUACCUGAAGUGGAUUAUCUUAAGUGGACACCUGAUUUGAAUCUGCUGGUGUGAGGAAUGGCAGUAGGUACCUGCUCAAAGUUUUACUGCCGAGUUCUUGUUUAACCUCUGAAUACAUGCUUUAAAAUAAGAACAGAAAAGGAUGAAAAGCUGUGAAAGCUUAAAAGAUUUUCAAUGGCUCAUUUGAAACAAGGAGUGUGUUACUGUCGCUUACUCAAUUUUUGAGAAAGUGUCUGCAUUACAGCUGUGCCUUCAUUUUCUAUAUCAUGAGACAUCAUCAGAUAAAUGAAUGUGGUGCGCAAACUUUCUUUUUUAUCAAUGACUUCUGACCUUUCAGGGAAGGGAUGUACACUCAUCUGGUGGGACAAUACGCAGCUUUCUCUGAUGCCAUCGGUAGUUUUGUAAAAACACAUACUGCCAUUCUAGCAAAGUAAAUUAAUUGCACAGUCAUUAUCUGGGAACACAUAUGAAUGUGUUUUAUUUGUCUGAAAUAAAAAACACUCUUCAUACAGUGCUCACAUGUAACUUCUUUGAAUGAUGGUUUUGUGAUCUGCGCAUUUAAAAUUAUGUAACUGUCUCCAUACUUGGUACUUAAUUAUACUAUGAUCAUAAUGUUCAAAAAUUGUAAACAUCUUGAUAAUUUCCUUGUGUCUUCGUUCAGUCCAAAUUAAAAGAAACAUGCUACAUGCCCCAGUGUGAACAUGCAGCACCAGCAAAGAGUUUUGUUUUACUUUUGAUUCUAUUUCUUAUCUGUUACUACAGUGAGAAAGUUUGUUUGCUAUGAGGGAUUAAAGUGUUGUAUUAAAAUCGAGCUGGUUUGGUAAGUAGUAAAAAUGAUGGAGCAAUGUGCAUUGAGUCAGCCUUAUGAAACAGGACAAGUAGAAGAAGUAAUAAUGGGACCAAAAAGCGGAGCCCACCUCCUUUCUCAUAUCAUAGAGCAGGGGUGUCCAACCUUUUCAGUUGCAAGGGCCGCAUUGAGUCAACAGAAAUGGUCUGGGGGCCACAUGUAAAAUAUAUCAUUGCAAACGGCAAGUGAGGACCAAAAAAAAAAAAAAAAGUCAGGUUCAGGUAAACUGAAGAGCAAAACACCCCAGGUAUAUGCAGACUAAUACAGUCGACCCACUGGCUGUAUUUUAGGUGAAUUUGAACAAAGAAUAAAUUAAUAAAUGCAUAAUAUUUGCCCUAAAAUAAAAUACGUAUACAGGUUUUUAAGAAGUAAACAUUACCUGACAGCAUUAGAAAAAAAACUUGCAUCAACCUGUUUACUACCAUUUCUCUUGUAUGCCUCCCCCAUCAUGACUAACCUACAUAGCAACCCCCCCCCCAAUGAAACUGGACAGCUGCUACACACUAUAAUUGCUAGAUUUCGCAGCAGUUUACAUACAGAAAGUCAACACUGCAAAGCCUUAACUGUACUGGCUCGAGCCUCACAAUCUCCUACUACCACAUACCUACUCACAACUAGGUAUUGCCCAUAAUCUAAUAGUAGACAUUUUAAUCAUUGUCAUUAUUCCCUCAGUCUAUCUCUAAAAACACUACAACCACAGCAGCUGCAUUCUAAGAAAAGUGACUAAGAAAUAAGUUUUUCUCUGAGAGCUUUUGCUUUAGCAAACGUAACAGACCGAUAUGUUCGUGCUCUGGUUGCAAGUUCCUACUCUGGGAAUUAUAUUUUCCACAUCAGUUCUUUUAAUAAAUUUAAUUAGUAGAACUGCUAAUAAGAAUAUGCACAGUACAUAUAAAAUGCUUCCAUUAAUCAAAGUUUACAAACUUGUAAAGUCUGUUCUAAUAAUGUCUGUCUAGAUCGGGAUAUGUUCUUAUGCCCAGAGGCCACAUUUUGGACAACAUCUUAUUAAAUGUAAACCUGGCUUCUGUUCCUUUUCUUAUUCUGAAUAUUCUGAAAUUGUGAUAUUUGUUUGCUGCAUGUGAUUCAUGCAUGCUUAAUGCCAUUUCUGUUUACUUGUGGGAAGAAGGCCUUUCUGAACUAUUUUAUUGGUUGCUAUAACUUACUUUCCAUUAUCUUGGCAAUGCCUAUCAGCUUAAUGUGUUAAGAUUGAUAAGUUGAAAGUAAGGUGCAACCUUUCACAGAUCUUUCAUAGUUGAUAAACUAGCUUGCUCCAUCAGUUAGCUGCUGAAAUCAGUGCUUUUAUUAAAUGUUUGCAAGACGCAUCUGAAUAGAAUUUGUUAAUUUUCUUGCAGUACAUCCCUACUUAGAUUAUUAGAUAUUGCAAGAGUAUGUCAUUGCACGGUCCUAUACAGUUAAAAAAAAUAACCUCUGACUCUGGACCGUCUGAAAUGCAUUAACAAAUCAAGGUUGCUAUCAAUAUCUUAUGUAUGUAAAGACUUUUCAAGGCAAUUCUGAAGCUCUAAAGCUGUGGUAAAUAUAUUCAAAAACUGUCAUAUGCACUAACAUCAGUCUUUCACUGAAUAUUAUUUUAAUAAAGAAAUUCUGUAAUUCUUAAUGCAUUCUACUGAAGACGUGUUGUUUUAUUUUUCACCAGAAUUUAUUGCCAACAACUUUGGAUUGUUUUUGCUUCUAUCACUAGUGAAAUGUGGUUUAAAAACCACAAGUUUAAUAUUAACCUAUUUAGUGGGAAAAGUUCAGUAUACCCGGAUGACUUCAGGGAGUUAUAUUUAAUAAAAACAUGGUGUUUACAUAUCAUCAUUUUUAAAUUCAUAGUAUUUGGUAAUGCACCCAAUUUAUGAACCACAGGAAACUAGUACUACCUUAAUCACACAAGAUGCACUUCUAAAGAACUCUACAAAUGAUAAGACGUUGUACAUCAAUGCAUUCUGAAGCCUUAUUAGUGUGCUAAAAAUGCCACAUCAUUAGGAAUACACCAGUAAACAUCAUUAUUGUCAAGACAAGAGAUUGCAACAGCAUAAUGAAGCAAUUAAUAAAUAGGCAAAUGCAAGGUUGUCAUCAAUUUAAGCAGCAGUAUCAUAGGACAAAUGUACAGGCUGUAGAAAGCUGCUCAGACUGCAGAACCAUACCUACAGCAAGAGGCAGUCUUCGAAAAUAAACCCGUUCACGUUGAUACUUAAACCAAGUUUAAAAAAUCCUGCACUUUAUUUUCUUAAUCCAUUCUUUGCAUCUGCGAGAAAGUUACAAUUACAGACACUCAACAUGAAAUUAAAAAAGAUGUCUUAUGCCGAGAACAAUGGAAACCAUUCCAAAACAUUAUAAAGUUAUACCAUUAACAAUAAAAUAUAUAGUGCACCCUCGAGUCUAUCUGUUGUAUUGCUUCUCAUUAGUUACUUUGCAUUCUGUAUACGAGACUCAACCUGUGGGCCAGCACUGAAAAAAGUCAUUUGAAUCAUUAGGGCUUAACCCUCCACAGCAUGAAAUUAAAUUCAUAAAUAGAAAAAUUAAUCUUUCUUAACUGAUUCCUGUUCAUAUAUCCACCAUUGUAAAAUACAUUGAGGUCUACUUUAAAUCAAUUCUCAAGCAAGAGUCUUUUGUAUCGAUUGUAAUGUAUUGAUAAGGAUCUAUUGUAGAUCUGCAGUUCAUUUCAAAGACCAAGAAAGAAGAUGGCAACAAAAUGUAAACUUGUCAGGCUUUAAGUUUCUGGAAAACGUACUACUUUAUAAAAGGGUUAUACAACCAAAAAACACACAACACUUGCAGGAAAUGACAAAACAAGAAGAAAAUUAUUUAGCUUAGCUUACCUUUUACUGCUGGAGAUGUAGUCAGUGUGUACUGUAAA